GAGCCUCUUCUAAGAUACUUUCAUAAAUUUAUAAACUUAACCAAAUCACAGAGAACGUAUCACAUCAACGAACUUUCUCUCUAAGUGACUUGUAGAAAAAUUGGAAAUUUUUAUGAUUCUUAAACAGAAACAAAGGUCAUCAUGGAGCAAAUUAGGGUUUUUACGCUAAUACCAGGCGCAUCCAUGGGGAACUACCAGUGAAAAAGCUCAAGAGAUGGACCAAUCUGACCGAAAAACUAGCUACAGCUGAAGCAAGAAGAACUUUCCUUCUAGAGUGCAGGAGAACCAAGAAAAUUCCAAGAUUUAUCACAGACACCACUUCUAACAUACUUACUACUACCACAGGAACCCACGAUCACACACUCCAACGCAGGAGCCAGGCUCUUAAUAGACAGGUGAGGGCACGAUUACUUAAUUUCCAUAUAUCGAAGGUUCAUUCAGAUAUUAAAUUCAUUUUUGGUCAAAUAAAUAAUGUCACUGAUUUCUUAGAUCACACUUUACCUGCAUCUUUGUUAGAUAGGUUUGAGACCUCUUUACACAAGAAAUUUAAUUUCGUUUAUAAAAAAACUAUUUUACAUCUUCAGAGUAAGCUUGAUAAAUUGGGUGCACCAGACUUCCACAAAAUUCCAUUUAAUCCUAAUUGGAUAAAGAAUCUUUCUAAUGUGGAUGUUCCUCAAAAUAUUCUAAAGCUAUUAUCUUUGGGCCCUAAAUUUGGUCUGGAACCUACCUUCAAAGAUUAUUCAAUCAGUAGGACCCUUGCAGAUGUAGAAAAUAUAUUGUCUCAUGCAGACAAUGCUGAUCUUCUUUCCCUAAGGUCAUCUUCUAAUAACAUUCUGUUGAAUUAUACCAACCGCCCUAGGCAAUCCAUAUCUGAAAUUGAUAAGAUUUAUAGGGAAACGGUAUCGUUUUUAAAAACCCACCCUAAUCUUCUCGUUCUCACCAGUGACAAAGGCAAUGCCACUGUUCUUAUGGAUAAAGAUCAAUAUAUCAGCCUCAGUCAAUCAUUGUUAGAUGACGUUAGGUACUACCAACCUCUUACUUCAAACCCCUGUUCAAAAUUUUCUAACAAAAUUAAUAAAUUCAUUACUCACUUAAAAAAUAUUAAGAUCAUAGAUCAAACUUUAGCUAAGUCAUUACAUAAUUAUGAUGGUUAUGCUCCAAGAUUUUAUUGUCUGCCCAAAAUUCACAAGCCCACAUUGAGCAUGAGGCCUAUUGUUUCCUCAAUUAAUUCACCUAACAUACAUAUUGCAAAAUUUUUGACUGAUAUCUUGUCAAAAUCUUAUAAUUACAAUAAUGAUUACAACAUUGUUGACUCUUUUCAAUUUAGUGAAUUUAUUAAUGAUUUUAAGCUACCACAUGGUUAUAUUUUGGUGAGUUUUGAUGUAGUUUCACUUUUUACUAACCUUCCCCUAGCUAGUGUCCUUACUUCACUAAGAAAUCAUUGGAAUAUUAUCCAACCUAAUUCUCCAGUUUCCUGGGAAGUGUUUGCAGAAUUGCUCCAAUUAGUGUUUGACACUAAUUUUUUGGUCUUCAACGACAAAUUUUAUUUACAAAUUUUUGGGACACCAAUGGGUUCCUCGAUUUCACCCAUCCUUGUGAAUUAUGUUUUGGAUGAUUUAGUUUCUGACCGUCUGGGUUAUUUAGAUUUUCAAGUUCCUUUUGUUAAACGUUAUGUGGACGACCUAUUACUAGCCUUACCACCAGACAAGACUCAGGCCACCUUGUCCAUCUUCAAUGGGUUUGAUCCUCAUUUGCAGUUCACAUGUGAACUCGAGGACCCCAACAACCAUAGUAUCCCCUUCUUGGACAUGCGUGUCACUAGAAGUGGAGAUAACACACUUUGUACAAGUUGGUAUAGGAAACCAAUGGCCUCUAAUAGGUUUCUCAACUACCAUUCUUGUCAUCCUUUUAAAUAUAAAAUAAAUCUUAUUAAAGCUUUAAGCUGUAGGCUACAUAGGUUGACACAUCCGGUUAAUCGAAGGGAAUCCCUUCUGCUACUCUUUGAUGAAGCCAACUCUGCUACUCUAAGGUGGACUUUGAUGAAGCCAAGAUCCUUUGCAAUGAACGCAACCUGUCGAAAAGGCAGUUCUUAGAGAUGUGUUUCAUAUUAAAAACCUCUAAUGUACUUAACAAGAGAACUGACAUCAGUAACUUGAGUCAAAUAUACCAUGCAUUGAUUUUGCAGAAUUAGUUGGUAUUAUUACACUCAAAUUAUUAUAUUGUAAAAAAGUUUUGUGGUUUUCAGGCUUUUUCCACUUCUUUAAUAUUGAUCUUGCGGAAUCAGUCGAUGUUAUUCACUUAAAUUAUUUUAUUGUAAAAAAGUUUUUGGUGGUUUUUUCAAGCUUUUCCCACUUUUUUUGAUAAUAACAGUUUACUAAUAG